UGGCAUUACAGUAACCACAGACACAAAGGUUACACUAUAUUGUUAGGCAUUUAGAUUGCUCUUAGUUACCAGCCAAUAUUUAACUUUCCAGGAGAGAUUAGAUUUAACAUUUUAUUUAAUAUAAACAUAGGACACAGAGUACAGUACAGUUAUUUGGCUGAGAAAUGUUUAUAACCCAGUGCAAAAUGAAGUUCCUUGAAGUUUAAGGUUUCUCUGUUCCUUUUAAGAGCAUAACAAUAUUAUCUGGUGGAGUUCUAAAAUCUCAGUCAUUGCGGUGAUUUUCAUUCCACAGGAGCACAGAUAAGUAGCAGUGAACUGGAAACAUGGGUGAUAUACGCAACUUCACACAGGCAUUGGAAAAUGUUUUCAAAGAGAUAUUUCUUAACUACAUGAAUGGCUGGAGGAACAACGUGACAGCAGAACAAGAUGCACUGCAAGAACGAGUCAACGCUGAAAACUUCGACUAUGUUAUCUUGUACCUGAUGGUGAUGAUUGGCAUGUUCUCCUUCAUUAUUGUGGCUAUCCUGGUCAGCACGGUGAAGUCAAAGAGGCAAGAGCACUCUGAUGACCCAUAUCAUCAGUACAUUGUGGAUGACUGGGGAGAAAAGUAUAAGAGCCAGAUCCAGAAUAGAGAAAACUUUAAGUGUAUAGUCCAUGAAAACCUUGGUGCAAGGGAGAAAAUGAGCUCACCUUGACUUAUCUGAGACUGUAAUAGUGGACAAAUCAUAAAGUACUGCCUAUUGAUUUUGUAAGGAUUUUAGUUGCCAUUACACUAUUAGCUGAGUAUACAGAGAUAUAAAGGCAUAAAUUGUUCCAGGAAAAUAAAGUUUACUGGCAUGCUGGAAGAUCUUUGGGUGAGACUGCUUAGUGGGUUGUCCAGGAAAGAUUCUGUUUUAGAUUUUUAUUCUGCUUGGUUUAAAGAGGAACCGAAGGUACAAUUCCAAUGAAAAACACCCCCAAAUUGGAGUGGAUUUGAAAUCCAGAUAAGGAUCUGGAUCUGAAUGGUCUAAAGCUAAGUCAGGGGUGUUAAACAUUACAGCUUGUGGGCUGGGUCAAGCCUGUGAAACCCUGCCCUCAGGUAUGAGCAGGCCCACAUGGGGCAUAGGUCUGGCCCAUGGACCCCCUUCUCCCUUCACUGUUCCUUCCCCCAACAUACCAGAUCUGGCAGUCACUCCAGCCAUUCUGGGACCUACACUGCAUGUGGCACAGAUCCUGGAGCAGCCAGAAGAAGCUCUGCAUGCAGCACAGUCUAGCCAGGGGUGAAUAGUGCAGAUCCCAGACUGGCUGGAGCAGGCACCAUACUAUAGGCAGGGUCUUCCCUGCCUGAACUGAGUUACGCACAUUGCCCGCUCUGGAAUACAUACUACACAAGGUGUCCACCUUGGCAGCUCCAAGACUGCACUGUGUAUGAUAUUGUUCCCAGAUUGGGCACUGUGUGUGGCACAGUCUGGCUGGGAUGGGCACCAUGUGUAGCAGGAUGCCUACUCUGGCUGGCCUGGGAUUUGUGCUAUAUGCCUCUGGCAGCACUAUACCACAUGCAGCACCCAUUCUGGCUACUCCAGGUUCUGUGCCACACACAAUGUGAGUACCAGACCAGCUGCAGCCGCUACCAGGUCAUGUAUCCUGGGGAAAGGGGCAGGGGACAGGGUCUGUGGACCUG